AUGGAAGGCGCAUUUACGCACUUGGGGAACCACCUCAUAAACGACAGCACUGCAGCGAUCAAGGCCGGCGCCGACGACUUUACCGGCAUCGACCCCGACGAAAGCCUUCUCUACGGGAAGUUUGGCGGCCGCGGUGGUCGCCGCCGCGCCGAUGACGAUGACAACCAAACGGAGCUGUACGACGAUGAUGACAACGAUAGCUUGACGAGCAUGCCCGUCGGGACCAUGAAGGAUCUGAACCUCGGCAGACCUCAGGAAGAAGAUAGGGAGCUUCCACCUCACGCCUGCGCGUAUUGUGGAAUCCACUCACCGAGUUCCGUCGUGAAGUGCCUUGGCUGCAACAAGUGGUUCUGUAGCGCUCGUGGCAACGCAACUUCAAGCCAUAUCGUUAACCAUCUUGUCCGAGCUCGUCACAAAGAGGUCCAGCUUCACCCUGAGUCGACUUUGGGCGAUACCGUCCUCGAAUGCUACAACUGCGGAACCAAGAACGUCUUCCUCUUGGGUUUCAUCCCUGCCAAGUCAGACACCGUUGUCGUGCUUCUUUGCCGCCAGCCAUGCGCCGCCAAUACGUCCUCCAAGGACAUGAGCUGGGAUACCUCGCGAUGGCAGCCCCUGAUCGAGGAGCGAGCCUUCCUGACCUGGCUUGUCGCGACUCCUUCCGAUGCCGAGCAACUCCGUGCACGACACCUGACCCCGCCUAUGAUUGCAAAGCUAGAGGAGAUGUGGAAGGAUAACUCUACCGCGACCGUUGCCGACCUCGAGAAAGCCAACAGCAUCGAUGACGAUCCUCACCCCGUCCUGCUCAAGUACGACGACCCGUACCACUACCAGAACAUUUUCGGUCCACUGGUCAAGAUGGAGUCCGACUACGACAAGAAACUCAAGGAGGCCCAAUCUGAGGACGGUCUGACAGUUCGCUGGGAUUACGGUCUCAACAACAAGCACCUUGUCAGCUUCGAGCUCCACAAGAUAGAAUCUGGGGACGUGAAGCUGGCGGUCGGUGACGAGAUGCGUCUGCGAUACAAGGGAGAGCUUCGUCCUGCGUGGGAGGGAGUCGGCUAUGUCAUCAAGAUUCCCAACAAUCAGUCUGAUGAAGUCACUCUGGAGUUGCGAAAGGCAGGCAACGAGAAGACGGUCCCGACCGAGUGCACUCACAACUUCUCUGCCGACUACGUGUGGAAGGCUACAUCGUAUGAUCGCAUGCAGUAUGCGAUGAAGACUUUUGCUGUCGACGACAUGAGUGUCUCCGGAUACAUCUUCCACAAGCUUCUCGGUCACGACGUGGCGGUUGCGCCUCAGAAGACGACUAUGCCUAAGAAGUUCAGCGUCCCGGGCCUUCCCGACCUCAACACUAGCCAGAUUGCCGCUAUCAAGGCCGUAUUGUCCACUCCGCUUAGCUUGAUUCAGGGCCCUCCCGGAACUGGCAAGACUGUGACUUCAGCGACCAUCAUCUACCAUCUUUGCAAGAUGAACAACGGCCAAGUUCUGGUCUGCGCUCCGUCCAACGUCGCUGUCGACCAACUCUGCGAGCGUAUUCACCGCACCGGUCUCAAGGUUGUCCGUCUUACAGCCAAGUCGCGCGAAGACGUAGAGUCCUCUGUGAGCUUCCUUGCCCUCCACGAGCAGGUCCGUAUGAACGACAGCAACGGAGAGCUUGUUAAGCUUGCACAGCUCAAGAGCGAAUUGGGCGAGUUGUCCAGUCAGGAUGAGAAGAAGUUCAAACAGCUCACCAAGGCCGCUGAGAGGGACAUCCUUCACAAUGCGGAUGUCGUCUGCUGCACUUGCGUUGGGGCUGGCGACCCCCGUCUUUCCAAGAUGAAGUUCCGCAACGUUUUGAUCGACGAGUCUACCCAGUCCGCUGAGCCGGAGUGCAUGAUCCCCUUGGUUCUUGGCUGCAAGCAAGUCGUGUUGGUUGGUGACCACAAGCAAUUGGGCCCUGUCAUUAUGAACAAGAAGGCAGCAAAGGCUGGCCUGAACCAGUCCUUGUUCGAACGUCUUGUCAACCUGCGCUUGGUGCCCAUCCGCCUCAACAUCCAGUACCGCAUGCACCCCUGCUUGUCUGAGUUCCCAUCCAACAUGUUCUACGACGGAUCCCUUCAAAACGGAGUUACACAUAGAGAGCGUCUUCGCCGCGACGUGGAUUUCCCCUGGCCUGUUGCGGACAUGCCGAUGAUGUUCUGGUCCAACCUUGGCAACGAGGAGAUCUCUGCAUCUGGUACAUCCUACCUGAACCGCACUGAAGCUUCCAACGUGGAGAAGGUUGUCACCCGCUUCUUCAAGGCUGGAGUGAAGCCCGGGGAUAUCGGUGUCAUCACUCCGUACGAGGGUCAACGAAGCUACAUCGUUAGCACCAUGCAGAACACUGGUACUUUCAAGAAGGAGAGCUACAAGGAGGUCGAAGUCGCGUCUGUCGACGCUUUCCAGGGUCGUGAGAAGGAUUUCAUCGUCUUGUCUUGUGUCCGUUCGAACGAUAACCAGGGCAUUGGUUUCUUAUCAGACCCACGUCGUCUCAACGUCGCCUUGACCCGUGCCAAGUACGGUCUUGUCAUCAUUGGCAACCCGAAGGUUCUUUCUAAGCACGAGCUCUGGCACCACCUUCUCGUUCACUUCAAGGAGCGAAAGUGUUUGGUUGAGGGCCCCUUGACCAACCUGCAAACCUCUCUUCUUCAGUUUGGCAAGCCGAGAACCGCUUAUCGCCAAAAGAUGAGCCAGCCUCCUCAGUUCAACGGCGGCGGCGGCGGUGGCGGGUUCCCCAACGGUAACCGCUUCAACGGCGCUGGUUCCACGCGUGACUUUGACUCGGGGUCGAUGAUGUCGUACAUUCCUGACGACGUUUCUUCCAUCCACAGCUCUCUCGGCGGUGCUGGCCUGAACACCACCUAUCCGCCAAUCUUCUCCAGCUUUACCCCUGAGCAAUGGCCUGGUCUGCCUGGAGUACCCGCAGCAGGCCGCUCUGGCAACAAGAGGGGUGGACGCGCGACUGAAAGCAUCGCCGGCGAGAGCGUUGCCAACUCCGAGUACACAGAUGCCAGCGCCAGCGUUAUCGGCGCCAAGGGUGUUGGCCAAGGCGGUGUCAGUUUGGGCGCCGGCCUCCAGGACGCUAUCCACGGAAUGCGGCCCGCGUCUUACAGCCACAGUGACCGCUUGAAGCAGUACGUCGAGAGCGGUGGUCGCAUGGGAACCGGCAACGGUUACGCCCGCCGGUACGACGACGACGAGAAGAGCGUUAGCACUGCCUUCCACAGCCAGAUUGGUGGCGGCUUCGACUGA